AUGUUCACACCGGAACAAAUACAGAAGCUGUGGAGCCAACUGGGGCAGAUGCCUCAGUUGGCCGGCCUCUUCCCAGGCCACAACAUGGCCAUGCUGCAGGCCUUGCAGCAGAACUCUUCUGGAAACCUGUUUCCGGCCGUACCGACCGUUAUUCCGCCAAUGAAUCCGGCGUCUCCAACUACCUCCAACCUCAACUCCGACCAGGUUUGACUUUUAAUUCCUUUUUAAUUAUCUUCAUCUAUUCCAUGUUUUCUGAUCACAUUUUUUUGAAAAUUCCAUCAGUCUUUUCUUCUUUUGAAGUUGGUUUCCUCUACUUUCAACUUCAAUCUCAACUAGUUAAACAUUUUUUCUCUUUUCCACUCAUGAUCCCUUUUUACAGCGGAUUCUUCUAUUAUAUCAAUUAUAAAAAAAUUUAUUUCACACUUUUUUUGAAUUUCCUGAAAAAAAUAUUUGAAAGCACCAGACUCGCCAAUUGGAUUCUACUGCACUAAUUUUACAAUCUGAUGCUUAAUCAAGUUCCUUGAAUUCCUUAGUUUUCCUUGAACAGCUUCUUCUUUUUCUUCUUAUUAGUUAUGAACUUUUUCCAUCUUUUCGUCCUGUCGUAUUCUCCAAAAAUAUGUAUAUUACAUAGAAUCUUCAAUUUCUCUUUGCGCUCUGUUGAGCAAUGAUUCACGUCUUUGAUAAUGAUAACAUCGCAAUUUUUGAGGGCAUCAUUCUCAUAUUUAAAUGGGAAUCGUAGCAACACAAAAAAGUUCCGUUUUCGGGAAUAUAUAUCAUCUACGUUUUGUUUUGGAUAUUCUUGAGAAUUUUAAAAAUAUGUAAAAGAGUUAUAAGCUGAAUCUACUAGAUUGCUUUUUGAAAUGGAGUUAUAAUAAUUACAAACAAUACUUUUUUCAAUGAAAAUAAUUCGUUUAUGCUUUUUGUCUUCUCAAAGACGCUUUAUUCCGUGUUUAAAGGCGUAAGAAAAUUUUCGAGUAGAAAAUGGUACUAGACCUAAAAAGUUUUGACUUUUACUUUUUUCAAACCCGCUAAUUGGAGCUAAAAGUUAGAAUGCAUAGCAACUUUUUGAUCUUGUUUCAUAUAUUUUUUUGAAACUUUGUUAGACAACAAAAUAAUGUAGUCUUCUCAUCGAAAAUUCAAGGUUUCCUAAUUUUUACUGAAAAAAAAAUGUACUUCUGGAAAUUUUCCUGUCUUCUAGUGAUAUUUAUAGAGUUGGAGAAUGAGUUUGAAAAAAAUAAAUUACACUUUUUGAAAAAUUUUGCAGUGUAAGAUGAACUUCUGAAACCGUUUUUGAAUGUUUUCUUACCCAGUUGUCCAUUUGUCUAAAUGUCGCCUCCCUCCCUGCAGCGCCGAGCUUCACAACGGUCCAUUAGCUGACCUUUUUGAACCGUUUGAACAUCACCGUCCUGUUCAUUAGUCGGAUCGAUAAAAAAAAUAGAAGAAGGAACGAUGCGUAACGCCCGCUAAUGGACGUUAACAUUUGCUCGAUGCGCCAUUUGAGGCAAAAUGUCGCGCGGUUUCUGUACGCCACCGAUCUUUCUGUUCCGGCGGAAUCUUUUCAUGUGAUAUAUUCGUCGUCCCUGCUGAUUCACCUUCGCUCCUCAUGCAGCGCCAUUUUUUCUCGUUUUGUUUUGAGAACGCGUAGGAACACCUCUUGGGGAAAUGGAGACUUUGGCUCAAGAAUUAUUUUCUCAUUUUAAUAGCUUCUGGAGAAUGGAUAGGCGUCGGCCAUUGUGUGACGCGAAUCUCGACGAAAAUCGCAUUUCCAACUCUUUGUCGACUCGAUUUCCGCGCCCAGACAUGAUACUUCGCUUUCUUCUCCUAUGCAGCUUGUUUUGACUGAGGCAAAAAAAGAGUAAAAACUUUCUUAACAAAAAUUUCGUCAAAUUUCCUAGAAUUUACAUUCGAAAAUUGCUUCAAUCACAGAAUUAUGAUGAUGUUCGUUAAAAAAUCAUUAGCUUUUCAAAAGAAAGAGUCACAUUAUUCAGUAAAAAAUGGAAGAAAAAAGACAGCCAAUCUGAAAAAAAUGUGGAGAAGAAAUAAAGUAUAUUGAAAAAAAUUACAAAAGACGCUUUAUCGUCUUUCAACUGUCGUCUUUUUUUGAAUUUUCGGAGCUAAAACUUUAUUUUCAUUUGUUGUUAUGGGUUCCUCAUCCUUCAAAACCCAUUUUUUUCAUCAAAAGAUUUUCAGAUAGUGAAGACGUGCGAGCAGUUGGAAGACAAAGGAGACGUCGACCGGAUCGCCCGCUUCCUCUGGAGCAUCCCCCCGUCGCAAGCCCAAGAUGUGAGGAGUUCAUUUCCAGUCGCAGCUCACUGAAAAUGCUCUCUUUGAAGGUGGCGACGAACGAGUCCGUGUUGCGCUGCCGAGCCUUGGUCUGUUUCCAUAUGGGCAACUUCCGCGAACUCUACUCGAUCCUGGAGAACAACAAAUUCUCCACGAGAAGCCAUCCAAAGCUGCAGGACAUGUGGCAUGAGGCCCACUAUCGCGAGCAGGAGAAGCAGCGUGGAAGGUUGGUUUUUCGAUUUCUUGAUGAUCAUAUUUUUAAAUUAAUUUUGCCAACUUCCGUCGAACUCAUCUCAUAAGUUCCAGGAAGCUUGAUAAUGUUCCGUUUUGAGAGAUCUUGCGAAUAAAAUAAAAGAAAAAAAAAUGUUUCUUCACGGAUCUUCCUUGGCGGGGGUUAAGAUUCCUGAGUCAUCUCGAUGCGCCGCGAUUAGCUUCAAUACAAUACGAAAAGUCGGUAGCCGCUCAGCAAUCUGCUACCGUUAAUGUACGCUAAUCAUGCGCUAUAGGACACGUUGCGUGGCGCCUGCCUUCUGUCGCUUCGGACCCUCUCACCGCGCUCUAUAAUUAGGAGAUUGGCGUGAUUCGUGUGUACCACCGUCAGCGAGAACAGACAAAACACAGGAGGGAUAAGCUAAGCCGCAAAUGGACCGAGUUGCAGGCCUCUGUGUGCCGUCGACAAGUACCGCGUCCGCAAGAAGUUCCCCAUGCCGCGGACCAUCUGGGACGGCGAGCAGAAGACCCACUGCUUCAAGGUCAGUCUUCCUCGAUUUUCAUCUUCGGAAUAUUUGUAUAAAAAUUUCACAGCCAACAAAGUUUUCAGACGGAUAAUAUGCUAACUAAACAAUUAACUUUUGGAAAUCGAUUUAAAAAGUCUUUUCGAUUUGCUGAAGAAAGAUUCUGGACAUUCUCGAGAUUUUUUCAUCUUCCUGAUUUUGGCUAUGAAUUCUAGAAACUGGUUUCCAAAAAACUGCCGACUGAGAAAGUUGAGGCUUUCAGGAUCUUCACUCAGAAAAUCAAGUAUUUUUGAACUGAAUAUCAGAAAUUUUGAAGUUUAAAUGAAACAAGUAGAACGCAUUUUCAAAAGGAACUUUUAAAAUAGUUUUGAAGCCCGUUGAUGAUGUAGCUCUUUCAGGAGAGAACGAGGUCACUGCUCCGGGAAUGGUACCUCAAAGAUCCGUACCCGAACCCGGCCAAAAAGAAGGAGCUGGCGACGGCGACAGGGCUCACCGCCAUGCAAGUCGGCAACUGGUUCAAGAACCGACGACAGCGCGACCGUGCCGCCGCCGCCAAGAACAAGUGAGUUGCCUCGCGUUUUUCGACUUAGAGCCCAAAUCGUCGCGAUUUUGCCGAGUAUAAUGCCACCGACGAGGAAAGUGAGAACGAAAAAAAUGGGCAGGAGUGUAAACAAGACCGAUCGGCAUGACUGUCUUCUUUUUUCAAGUGGAGAAAAAACUCAGAAACUACUAUUUUUGGAGUGAGGAAUGGGAUUAUUAUAAAGGUCGGAAAAUGCGGCUGGUAAUGAUUUUCAGAUUUGAAACCUCGAUUGUUCUUCUGUAAAAUGUAAUUUUUUGUUUUUAUUUCUGAAAUGGAAGUUUGAACUACAUUUUCAGUUUUCAAAUAUUUCUUUCAAAAACUUGGUUUGUACGGCUCUUAUUUUUUUUUUAUUUUUUUAAUGAGUUGAAAUUGAGUGAAAAUGUGAAGAUUCAACGUUUCUGUGAAUAAAAAUUAAGUAAACUAUGGUAAAAAUUAAGGAAAAAAGCAAAUCGAUGUGUUGGAUACUAAGCCACGAUAGUUCAAAAAGAACUGCGGAAAAAGAUCAGUACUUUGAAUAUAGAAACAUUUGCAGGUCGAACAUCAUCGGCGUAGAGCUGAAGAAGACGUCAUCGAGUGACAUCAGUGAAAGCGAUGACGACUUCGACGACAGCAUGACAGAUUCGCCUUCGCCGAUCGACGAGCCGAAGGAUCUCUCUAAGCGACGUCAUCAGGCGACGGCGGCCGAGCUGCUCGCCUCUCAGGCCUCGUUGCUUCCCGACGCCUUCCGAAAGCUUCCACUGGAGCAGUUCCUCAAUCCGUUGAUGUUCAACCCGGCGUUCUUCCAAUUCGCGCCGCAGCUCUUCAACCUGCCUCAGCCGGAAACGGAGAGCCGCAAGCCGCAGAACAAACUUUCGAUCGACGUCAUCCUCAACCUGAAGGCCGACAGCCCUCAGUGCUCUCCGUGCUCCAACCCGAAGAGCGACGACGCCUCUAGCGAGCCGCCAGCCUCUCCUCUCGAUCUGAAGCCCUCCUCGACGGCAGAAGACGAGGAGGACGAAGACGACGUCGUCAAAACCGCCAUGUUCCACGCCGACUCUCCCAAGUCCCAACCUCAGUUACAGAACUAG